AUGCAGCAGCACCAGUCGCGUACGCUCGGCGGACGCCCACAGCAGCAACCGCAGCGCCUGCCUCGCUGCCCCGUUCUAAGGAGCGCUGGGAUUUCGCGCUCUCGGCCAAUUGUCCAUGCGGAGCCUACGGAAGGAAAUCAGCCUGAUUCCGGCAAGCUGUUCGGGCUGAUUCCGCUGCGCGCGAGAGGUGAAAACCUCGACGCUCGUAUCGAGUCGGGCGAAUUCACGGAUGCUGGUUCAACGAAGGAGAAGCUGACACGACCUCUGCGCCAGGCCCUGGCAAAGGAGCCCAUUGUCGGUCGCCCUGUGGCACGCUUCCUGGCGGAUUUAGGCCGUCGCUGGCGCUCCGAAGCAGCAAAGCGAAUGCCAGAAGCGCGUGGCGACAUCCGGGAGAUUGUUGGUCAGCCCGUGUUCGUACCGCUGUACAAGCUGUUCCUGGUGUACGGCAAGAUCUUCCGCUUGAGCUUCGGACCGAAAUCCUUCGUGAUCAUAUCCGAUCCGGCUUACGCUAAGCAGAUUUUGCUAACCAAUGCGGAUAAGUACAGCAAGGGCCUGCUGUCCGAGAUCCUUGAUUUUGUGAUGGGCACGGGCCUUAUUCCGGCGGACGGGGAGGUGUGGAAGGCGCGUCGAAGGGCGGUGGUGCCUGCACUGCACAGAAAGUACGUGGCGUCCAUGGUCGGUAUGUUCGGAGACUGUACGGUACACGGUACGGCAACGCUGGAUUGUGCGGUUGCCAGCGGUCAAUCCAUCGACAUGGAGAACUACUUCUCCCGCCUGGCUCUGGACAUCAUUGGAAAGGCGGUUUUCAACUACGACUUCGACUCGUUGACUCACGAUGAUCCGGUUAUUCAGGCCGUCUACACUGUACUACGGGAGGCCGAGCACCGCUCCACUGCCCCCCUGGCCUACUGGAACCUUCCGGGCGCCACUAUUGUCGUACCACGGCAACGGAGGUGCCAGGAGGCGUUACGGAUUGUGAACGACACGUUGGACGGCCUCAUCGACAAGUGCAAGAAGCUGGUGGAGGAGGAGGACAUGGAAUUUAACGAGGAAUUCCUGUCGGACCAGGACCCCUCCAUCCUCCACUUCCUGCUCGCCUCCGGGGACGAGAUCUCGUCCAAACAGUUGCGGGACGAUCUGAUGACGAUGCUGAUUGCCGGGCACGAAACCACGGCUGCCGUACUGACGUGGACGCUGUACACGCUGGCGAGUCACCCGGAGGCGACGGAGGCGAUCCGGCGGGAGGUGGAUGAGGUUCUUGGCGACCGGGCCCCCAACGUGGAGGAUUUCAAGUCCCUCCGCUUCACCACGCGGGUGAUCAACGAGGCCAUGAGGCUGUACCCGCAGCCCCCCGUGCUGAUAAGGCGGGCAUUGCAGGAAGACAAGUUCGAUCAGUAUGUCGUACCUGCUGGAUCUGAUCUCUUCAUUUCCGUUUGGAACCUGCACCGCUCCCCCGAGCUAUGGGACGAGCCGGACAAAUUCAAACCGGAGAGGUUCGGGCCUCUGGAUGGUCCUAUUCCGAACGAGGUGACGGAGAACUUCGGCUACCUGCCCUUUGGGGGCGGGCGCCGGAAGUGCAUUGGAGACCAGUUUGCGCUUUUCGAGGCGCUCGUGGCGCUGGCCAUGUUGGUACGACGGUACGACUUCGUACUGGACACGUCCAAGCCUCCGGUCGGCAUGACCACGGGUGCGACCAUCCACACGACCGGCGGGCUGUACAUGCACGUUAAGAAGCGCGACAUGUCGGGGCUAGCGGCGGCGGUACGGCGCCAGGAGACGCCCGCGUACGCCUUCGCGUACGGCACUUCUACCGUCGCCGCGAUGGCGUCGCCGGCGUCCUCCUCUCCCGCCGCCGUCGCAGGCGGAGGCUGCCCGUUCCACACUGGCGCCGCCGUACCACCACCACCGCCGGCGGCGGUGGCGGCCGCCAGCGUCACCGUCGGCGGCGCGACGGCGACGCUUGGCGGCGGCGUCAGCAUUGGGCCGUCGGCGCCCGCGGGCCCCGCGGGACUCUGA